AUUUGAGGACAGUCAACGCCCAAUGCAUUCUGGUCCCUGUGCUGAAGAAACUGUUCGGUGCCUACCGGAAUCUCAAGAAUUUGAGGUGUCCAUCCAGCCCCCAGAAUCACUCGGUUUUCUUUCACCGACAAUCGAAAAGGUUGAAAGAGCGCAAAAUGUCUCAGGCGGAAAAAAUUAAGCAGGGUCAAUUUACCAACCCAGAGACCCCGGGGUAUGUGGGCUUUGCCAACCUGCCCAACCAGGUGCACCGCAAGUCGGUCAAAAAGGGCUUCGAGUUCACCCUCAUGGUAGUUGGUGAGUCUGGUCUGGGGAAGUCCACCCUCAUCAACAGCUUGUUCCUCACUGAUCUCUACCCAGAGAGAAUCAUCCCCGGAGCAGCAGAGAAGAUUGAGCGCACGGUUCAGAUCGAGGCAUCCACGGUUGAGAUCGAGGAGCGAGGGGUGAAGCUCCGCCUCACCGUGGUGGACACGCCUGGAUACGGUGACGCCAUCAACAGCCAGGACUGUUUCAGCACCAUCAUCGCCUACAUCGACGACCAGUUUGAGCGCUACCUCCACGACGAGAGCGGUCUGAACCGCCGGCACAUCGUGGACAACCGUGUUCACUGCUGCUUCUAUUUCAUCUCCCCGCUGGGCCAUGGGCUGAAGCCUCUGGAUGUACAGUUCAUGAAGGCCAUCCACAACAAAGUCAACGUGGUCCCUGUCAUCGCCAAGGCCGACACGCUCACCCUGAGAGAGAGGGAGAGGCUCAAGCGCAGGAUUCUGGAUGAGAUUGAUGAGCAUGGUAUCAAGAUCUAUCACCUCCCUGACGCAGAGUCUGACGAGGACGAAGACUUCAAGGAGCAGACCAAGAUUCUCAAAGCCAGUAUUCCCUUUGCGGUGGUGGGCUCCAACCAGCAGAUCGAGGCCAAGGGGAAGAAGGUGCGGGGUCGCCUGUACCCCUGGGGCGUGGUGGAGGUGGAGAACCCCGAGCACAACGACUUCCUCAAGCUGCGCACCAUGCUCAUCACUCACAUGCAGGACUUGCAGGAGGUGACCCAGGACCUGCACUACGAGAACUUCCGCUCUGAGCGCCUCAAACGGGGUGGCAGGUUGUCCUCCCAUGGUUACGUUCUGUCUCCUGCGCAGGGGCAGGGGCCUGAGCCGGAGGAAAUGGACAAGGACAUGAUCCUGCAGGAGAAGGAGGCUGAGCUGAGGAGGAUGCAGGACAUGAUUACCAAGAUGCAGGCCCAGAUGCAGAUUAAGCCUGACGGAGCGGGAGAUGUCCAGCAUGUGUGAAAUACACCACGGUUUUAAAGCUGUUAUUUGAGCUUGACCAGACAUGGAUGGAAGGAUUGCAGAAGAGAAGGAAGAUAACUGGUCCUUGUCUCAUACUGCUUGCCACUAUUUUUAGUUUAUUUCGCUCCUACUUGGGAUUAUUUUGAGUUUUCUUUUGUUGUUUUUCUUUAUUUUUAUAUAAACAGUAUUAUGUUUUUAUAUUUACACUUUCUUUGUAAUAUUCCAUAUUGCUCAUUAUUCAUUUGUUCCAUUCUAUUGGACCAUGCCAGUUAGUCACCAAAUGAAGAAUAACACUCCUUUAACCUGGAGUAUGCUCUUAUUAUAGUGGCCAUUGUUAUUUUGUUUUUUUGCUGUUGAGAAAGCCAAAAGCUGCUGCUGCUGCUGCGCCUCCUCAGUAAUGUCAUAGCCAAGGCUGUCCACUCGGCUCCAUCUAAAACCACUCACCAACCAUCAAUCAUGUUGCCAACUGUGGUUACAAGUGGGAAAGGCCAAUUUACUGUGAAAGUUAGCAGCUCUCUUCUGUCUUUCAUGGAGCCAUACAGCUAAAACCGUAAUACUUUUUUUUUUCUUUAAUGGUUGUCAUGCCAAUGUUGGAGAAUUCUUUAAAGAUAGUCUAUUGUUAAAGAUAUUUUUUAAAGAUCUAGUCUUUCAAAAAGCAGCUAAAUGAUUUUUCCUUAAUCCUAGGAUUCAUUGACAGGGUUCUUUCUCCCACUCCCCUUGCAUGCAGUUCUUAACCCUGUCUGACGUUGUGUUGAAACGACUGGUUAUGACUGAAAUGCAUGACACUGACCUUCCCAGUCAUCCUGUAGCCCUGAACCAAUGAAGGAGACAUACCUUGGUGUUUUUUACUGUAUGUGCCUCUAUAAAUACUGGGCCUGUAAAGAGUCUGAGGAGGAGUGCCGAUCUAGGAUCCUUUCAGCCUUUUUAGAUCAUGAUGAAUAUGGUUACAUAGACUGGGGGACCUCCCUUACAAAAAAAGAUUGCAGUUUUGUAACUGCAGUCGACUGGUAUUUUGGACGCAGAAUAACUGCAGUUAAACUGCAAUUUUACUGCACUCUUAACUGCAGUUCCACUGCAAAAUUACUGCAGUAAGAAAAAGUGUUGUUUCGGACGCAGCUUACUGCAGUUAUUCUGCACUCUGACAGCAAUCUUUUUUGGUAAGGGCUGAUCCUAGAUUAGCACUCUUACUCUGAGAUGCUUUAUGGGGCUCCCUACGCCCCCAGGCUUUAACAUAUUGUAAAGGGAAUUGAGGUUCGAGGCGCAAGUCCUGGUGAACUAAAAGUACAUUGAAUUACUGUGAUGUUCGGACCAGGCUCAUGCAUUGCAGAUGACAUUGGCUUUUCUUCGUGGCCCCCCCGUGAUAUUGAUUGUGGAAUAACGUGCGUCCAGAGUAUGUGUGAUGAGGUCGUGCUGUAAAGGCACACUGUACUUUGUGUUAUAUGAUACCUAUCCAUAUCCUUCUGUUCUUUAUGGCUGUGUGUCAAUGGGUUAAGACUGACAUUUGGAUGUUGGACAGGCCCAUUUACAGUGGCUAUGACCAUCAUCAUGGUGAUCUGGUUUGUUUGUGUCACCCGCUUGGCCCAUAUCCCACACAAGCCAAGCCAGAGUUCUUAACAUUCCAGUUUCUGCUGUUUUAUCCAAUAACUGUCAAAUAAAACCCUUGACGUAUACAA